AUAUGGAUGGACAAUGAUAAUGCGGACGCCAUUCUGCUGCCAAAAUCCGCUCGCAAAGCAAUUAGUGAAAGUGCUGGCAAAAAGAGUGUUUUGACCAAAUUGGAGAACGUUAUCCUCAGCCACAAAUCGCAUCCGACGCUACUCAAAGACUCCAACACAAAAUGGCCAAAAUCAUCGAUCUGCAAGGAGACGCCGCAGAAGCAGCAUCGGCAACAGCUGCAGGAGAAGAGUUAUGCGGGGCAGUCAAUUGAAGGGGGGCUGUGGAAAGCAGCGGAAUUGAGUGCUGCCAAUAAUCUGAAUAAAUGUUUGCGCAAUUGCCAAAAACCAAUAUCACCAAAUUGGAUGGAACCCUUGCUAAGUGAGCAACUUAUCGAUAAACUGCUAAACAAUACACUCGCUGGGGAUGAACUUAGAGUGCCCGAUAUACCCGCUUAUCCCGAUUUAGAUCAGGAUGAAUUUGCACUUAAGUCUUUAACAGAUAAACUAAAUGAAUCUGUGGAGAAGUCUACCGAAGUAUUUGAGGUCAUGCUGCCGCCAGUCUUAUAUGAUAUUGAUUUCGACGAGGAACCGUUUAAGUUUUAAAUAUGUGUUGGAUAAAUAAGGUGUUUAUAUGAUGAAAACAGAUAAGAACUGAGCAUGGCAAAUGAAUAAUGUA